AUGUUCGUAAGAACUUCGAUGAAGAGCAAGCAUUCCUGGAUAUUGAAGCGCAGUUGUCCGGCACUGCAGUCGAAGAGGACGAGGAUAGAUCGCCCUUGGAAGACGACAUGCAUCCUCCAGUUGCAUCUGGUGCAAUGUCUCGUUUCGUAUCCAAUAUCGAACUCACUAGAGGAUGAGUGGAAUCGGCGCGAUGCAGGCGCCGACGCAGUCACGCAGUACUGUGGUGUCUUUGAAGGAGGUCCACGGAGGGGCCGUCCCAAGCGUAAGGCUUCCGACUCUACUGCAUCGAAUAGUCCCAGCUCUCAGCCCCAUAAAGUGCGCCGAACCCAAAACAACGUCGAUCGAGAUGGCACACCUGAUUCUACAUGCGAUGAGCGAAUACGUGCAACCAGGGAGCACAUUCAGCAGUCGAAACAACCUCGGCAUUGCUUUCAAUGCUUUGCGGAUGCAAAGCAGCCUGAUGACAUUCGCUUUAGAAGGUUCCAUGAUAGCGGAUGUGUAACACGACACUUUGACUCCAUUCACCUAAACAAAGGAUCACUCAAAUUCGCCGGCGUUGGCGAGAUCUGGAGAAUCCAGGAGAAUCCUAACUGA